AUGCCUCGUCACAUCGUUGUUCCAAAAUUAGAGAAGUAUGAAGGGUUGACCAACCCAUGUGACCACAUUCAGGGUUUCAAGUCAAUAAUGGAGUGUCGGGGGGCAAGUGCCUUAAUAAUGUGUAAGAUCUUCCCUUCAACUCUCUUUGGGCCAGCAAGAACUCGGUUUAAUCAACUGCCAAGACACAAUGUGACCAACUUCGGAGACCUAUCUGAGAAGCUCGCACUUCACUUCUCCUCUGCACAAAGGAAGACGAAGACUAGUUUAGACUUGAUGAACCUGGAUCAUGAGCUUGGAGAGUCACUUCGAUCGUUCCUUGCAAGAUUCAAUAGAGCAUGCCUUGAGAUCACAUAUGUCCAGGUAGAAGUAGCCAUUUCAUCACUAGUAAUAACUGUAAGAGAUGAAGCGUAUGUAUGCUCAUUAACCAAGAAACGCCCAAAGACUAUGGGAGAACUCUAUGUAAUGGGAGAUAAGUUCAUGCAGUCAGAAGACAUGAUGAAGAUCUCCCAGUUCUCUUCUUCCUCGGCCCCGGCCAAGAAAGAAGUUGGCAAUAGGGAUAUAGUGAAGUUGCCUAAGAAAAUGAGAGCCCCGGCUGCAAAACGUACUUCACAUAAAUACUGUCUGUUCCACAAAGACCAUGGUCACGACACUGAAGAUUGUAGACAUCUAAAGGAUGAGAUUGAAGGUCUAAUUAGACGAGGCUACCUAAAGCAGUUCACUUCAGAUAAAUGA